CAUAUUUGGUUGCAGAUGGUAUCAAGUGUACUCGAAAGUAUUAGGACUUGCUUCCAUAAACCACCCGGAAAAUUGGUUAUUCAUUCUAUUCUGGGUUUUUGCCCAUAAUCAGCUUCACCUUUGGUAGGCUGAAGAGAGAAGAAGAAGAGGGUGGAGCUGUGUGUGAAAGAAGAAAAAGAUUAGAAGAGAAGAAAGGAAUUCCGGAUGAAAACCAUAGACAAUUACAUAACGCUUUGCAAGAACUUUUUUCGUAGUAGACCUUUGUACAUAAUUAUCUUUUUACCAUUACAUUAUUAUUACCCAAAGGCUCUUCGCUUCCCUGGAUUUUACAUCGCAGACCUGAUCAUGGGUAGUAGAGAAGAAAGCCAUGGUCGCCGAUCCCAGUCUCUUCCAGAGGUCUUGGUCCUCGAACCACCGCCAGUGUUCAAAUUCCAUGGGGACAGGCUCUCGGAAAAGUUCGUUUUCCUCAAAGCGUGGGAAUCGCCGCUGCCUCUCGAACAAUUUUUGAUCGUCCACGCACAGUCAGUCCGAGCACUUCUCUUAUCUGGCACAUAUCGACUCACGGCUGACAUACUCCGCCUACUGCCUUCUCUGAAGCUAAUAUUCACCACCAGCGCCGGCCUCAACCACAUCGACCUACCGGCUUGCCACAAGCAAGGAAUCUCUGUUGCCGGUGCCGGAAGCUUGCACUCGGAAGACGUUGCUGAUUUGGCCGUCGGACUGCUGAUCGAUGUGUUGAGAAAGAUUUCUGCUGCUGAUCGGUAUGCAAGACGAGGACUUUGGGUCAGUAAUGGGGAUUUCCCUCUUGGAUUCAAGUUGAGAGGGAAGCAAGUUGGAAUUGUUGGGUUGGGAACCAUUGGUUCACAAGUAGCAGAAAGGCUUGAGGCAUUUGGCUGCAAUAUUAUGUACACCUCAAGGAAGGAGAAACCAUCUGUACCAUAUCGAUUCUACUCCAAUGUUUGUCAACUGGCUUCUGAUUCCAACAUCCUCAUUAUUUGUUGUGCAUUAACUGACCAAACCCACCAUCUUAUUAACAAGGAAGUUCUGCAAGCAUUGGGCAAGGAAGGAAUUGUUAUUAAUGUCGCCCGGGGGCCUAUUAUUGAUGAGCAGGCAAUGGUGCGGUGUUUAGUGCAAGGAGAGAUUGGAGGUGCUGGGAUGGAUGUGUUUGAGAAAGAGCCUGAUGUUCCCAAGGAGCUCUUUGCAUUGGAUAAUGUUGUGUUGUCGCCGCAUAGAGCUGUUCAUUGCCAGGAGACUUUGAUGGAUUUGUGUGACCUUGUGGUGGGAAAUCUGGAAGCAUUCUUCUCAAACAAACACUUACUAACCCCAGUAAUGAUGAAUCAAUGACCUCACCUCUACAGCCAAGUGCAGAUUCAUUUUGUGGAGUGCAAACUGCCAAUUCAGUUCAGUCUAAACCAAUCAUGGGAAUUAAGGGGGAGAAGAGCAAAUCAGGAUGGGAUGACUUGGUAAUUAUCAAUCCGCAUGUUCUUUACAAAAUAUAAAAUUUUAAAUUAUGGUUAGACAUACAAAUUUAUUUGCAAAAAAUGUUGUCUAUAUAAUUUGAACAUAAAAGUUAACUUCUAAA